ACACACGUGCUGAUUCAUCUGUCAAUGUCAAUUGAUGCCGUAUUGUUUUAGUGAUUUAUUCAAUAUACAAUUUUAACGACGAAAUUUUAUUAUUUGUUAAAAAACCACAAAUAUUUACUCGACAAAAUGCCUGUUCUGUGUAAUUCAAAGUGCGGGAAGAAUGCAAUACUCAAGCGCCCGAAGACUGGCGAUGCAUUGUGCAAAGAGUGUUUUUACACCGCAUUCGAAAAUGAAAUCCAUUGUACCAUUCAGCAGGCGAAUUUAUUCAAAAAGGGAGAUCGUGUAGCAGUGGCGGCUAGCGGUGGAAAAGAUUCAACAGUAUUGGCCUACGUUUUGAAACUGCUGAAUGAAAAACACAAUUACGGACUCAAAUUGACAUUGCUGUCGAUUGACGAAGGAAUCACCGGUUAUCGUGACGAUAGUUUAGAAACAGUCAAACAAAAUCGAGAUGAUUAUGAAAUGGAACUAAAAAUAUUGUCGUACGAAGAGCUGUACGGUUGGACGAUGGAUCGAAUCGUCGGUGAAAUUGGAAAAACCAACAAUUGCACAUUUUGUGGCGUUUUUCGUCGUCAAGCGUUGGAUCGCGGUGCCAAAAUGUUGAACGUAAACAGUAUAGCAACGGGUCACAAUGCCGAUGACAUUGCUGAAACAGUAAUCAUGAACAUUCUGCGUGGUGACACUGCCCGAUUGGCUCGAUGUACUCAUAUUAAAACGAUUGACGAAGACGGUGAAGCGAUUGCACGUGUCAAACCAUUGAAGUACACAUACGAAAAAGAGAUCGUAAUGUAUGCCCACUUCAAGAAGUUAGUCUACUUUUCAACGGAAUGCAUAUUUGCGCCGAACGCAUAUCGUGGCCAUGCUCGAGCAUUUCUCAAGGACUUGGAAAAAGUGCGACCGUCUGUGAUAAUGGACAUAAUUCAUUCAGGAGAACAAAUCAAAUUCAAAUCAACUGUCAAGAGACCCGUUCGUGGUAUUUGUAAUAGAUGUGGCUUCGUUUCAUCGCAACAACCCUGCAAAGCGUGCGUUCUUCUGGAGGGAUUGAAUCGUGGUUUGCCAAAACUAGGAAUUGGCAAACGAUCACGUGCCGACCGAAUGAUAGCUGAACAGGAACGUGAUUUAGCGCAAGCUUUUCGAGAGAAAGCCCAUCUUGUUAAAAAUGAUUUUUAAUACUAAUUUAAUAGUACGAACCGUGGAAAUAAAUGUACUGAAUGGAAUUUGUGUGAGUUUUAUCACUUAAGGAAGGAACAAAUUCGGUAGAAGGAAAAGAAUUUCUCGUUCAAGAGUUCAAACCAUUUUUAGGAAAAUUUAAUUGCAUCUUUGGAAAGGGCGGUUUUUGUCGAAUCUUUAGAAAAACAAUGAAACUAAGUACAUCAUUCAAUUUGAGAUUAUAUUUGAUGCAAAUAUUCUAAUACUCUAAAAGCAAAGCGAACAUUUUUCAUAGCCCAAAUUUCGUUUUUGAUUAGGAAUUGAGAUGUCAAGACAAAUGGCUGUCGUUUAUUUUUGGCUUUUUUAAAAAAAUUUUUUAGAAAAACUGAAAAAAAUACCAUUAUUCUACUCAAAAUACUAUACAGUUUUACGUAACAUAUUUCGACUUUUUCAGAAAAACUGUUCUUUAUCUUAAUCCGAUUUUGAAAUUUUUCAAAGAAUCUUUCUAUAGUUUUGUUGUUGUUUCUACUAAAUGAAUAAUCGAUGUUCAAAUCUUCUUUGGUCGAAGCAAUUCAACCAGCUUCAUGGCUAGACCUCUUAUUCUUCAAUUUCGAAGCUUUUCAAGAGCAUACAAUAGGAAUACGAGCCGCGAAGAAUCUAUAGAGAAAAAAAUGUGUUCAAAGUGAGAGAAAUCGUCUGUUGAUGUGAAAUGACUUCAAGGCAAGUUAAUCAGAUAUUUGUACAUACUGCAAUGAAUGUGUUAAAAUUGAUUUGAAAUAAAGCUCCGGCCUGAUAUCGAA